AAAAUUAAAUUAAAAUUAAAAAAAAAAAAAAAAAAUCUCAUUUCUUCCCUCUCUUCUCCAGAAUCUUCUUCUUCUUCUUUUACUACACUUAGGGUUUUCACUUCUCCGUUAUCGCUCGUCGGAGUAACGAUAGCCGUCGGAUCUAGCCGAUGGCGGAAGAAGAUGAAAGGAACGGUUGUGAUGAGAGUAGUGAAACGAGUGAUUACACAUCAGAAGAUGAAGGUACUGAAGAUUAUAGACGUGGAGGUUAUCACGCCGUUCGAAUUGGUGAUACAUUUAAACAUGGAAGAUAUGUAGUACAAAGUAAACUUGGUUGGGGACAUUUUUCUACUGUUUGGCUUGCUUGGGAUACACAAAAAUCUAGAUAUGUUGCUCUAAAAGUUCAAAAGAGUGCUCAGCAUUAUACAGAAGCGGCUAUGGAUGAGAUUACUAUAUUAAAGCAGAUUGCAGAGGGAGAUCCAGAUGAUAAGAAGUGUGUGGUGAAGCUAUUGGAUCAUUUUAAGCAUUCCGGGCCGAAUGGACAGCAUGUUUGUAUGGUAUUCGAAUACUUGGGAGAUAAUCUUUUGACUGUAAUUAAGUACUCAGACUAUCGAGGGCUAGCGAUUCAUAAGGUUAAAGAAAUUUGCUUCCACAUUUUAGUGGGUUUGGAUUAUUUACAUCGUCAGCUUUCUAUUAUUCACACGGACUUGAAGCCGGAAAAUAUUUUGCUAUUAUCAAUGAUUGAUCAAAGUAAAGAUCCGACAAAGUCAGGCGCUACCCUCAUUCUCCCUUCUAGUAAAAGUAAAAUUCUCUCUGAAUCUGGGGCUUCCAAUGAAAUAAAGAGUUCAAAUGGCGACCUGACUAAGAACCAGAAAAAGAAAAUACGGAAAAAGGCUAAGCGAGCAGCUCAAAGAUGUACGGGCAAGGAAGCUUCUGAAGAAACGGAACAAGAUAAUGAAGCCAGUAGUCCUGAAAAGUCUAACCCUGAUGAGAAACCUAAUAAAGACUCAGUUGAAGGAAAGACUAAUACCAAAGCAAGUGAAGGUGGCUCAACGAUGGAUGAAGCAAGAGAUGGACAGCAGAAAAAUCAAAGACCUAAAAGAGGCAGCCGAACCAUGAGGCAGAAACUAUUGGCUGAUGUGGACCUUAAGUGCAAAUUAGUCGACUUUGGUAAUGCAUGCUGGACGUAUAAGCAAUUUACAAGUGAUAUCCAGACAAGACAGUAUAGAUGUCCUGAGGUUAUCCUAGGCUCUAAAUAUUCUACUUCAGCUGAUCUUUGGUCCUUUGCUUGCAUUUGCUUUGAGCUUGCCACUGGUGAUGUUCUUUUCGAUCCUCACAGUGGUGACAACUAUGACAGGGACGAGGAUCACUUGGCCCUCAUGAUGGAGCUUCUUGGAAUGAUGCCACGCAAGAUUGCCUUAGGUGGGCGCUAUUCGCGGGAAUUCUUCAACCGAUAUGGAGAUUUGAGGCAUAUCAGACGAUUGCGGUUCUGGCCUAUGAGUAAAGUGCUUAGGGAAAAGUAUGAGUUCAGUGAACAAGAUGCUAAUGAGAUGGCAGACUUCCUUGUUCAAAUACUUGAUUUUGUGCCUGAGAAAAGACCUACUGCAGCUCAAUGUCUCAGUCAUCCGUGGAUCACUGGAGGCCCUCGGGAUCUUGCUCCUUCUACAACUAAUUCUAUAUCCCAAGCAACUGAAAACGGUGGCUCGGAGAAGAAGAGGGAGAAGGAUGAGAGGGAGGCAAUGGAAGUAGGAGUAGGCAAUAUUGUGAUUGAUGGAACCACAAAGCCUGUCAAAGUUUCUCAAUCCGUAAAUCCAGCGAAGCAGAGUUGACUGAUUCAGGUUGUGGUCCUUUUUUUCCAUCUUGAUUUAACCAUUUUUUUGCCCCUUAUGAAAGUUUGCAAGUGGAUGGUGUACUUUUGGUUCCCUGCAUACCUAUUUCAUUUGCCUCUUCAUUCUUUCAAGAUGAUCACUAAUGUAUCGUUGUUGAAGCAUUUUUAGAUUUUGCGUACGAUGUAUUAUUGAGUAAUGUACCACAGUAUUCUUUGCGGGAGUUGAAUAUCCUGUCCUUUCUUUUGCCUUCUUGACAAAGCUAGUCUUGAAUCUUUGAUUGCCUGUAUUUCGUUAUAGAAAGUGUGCAGUAGCAGCAGUUUGGAUUUAAUUUUAACGAGGGAAGCUGAAUUUUAUGGUUGAAGGCUUUCACAGACA